UGAGAAACUUCUUGGGUUCUUUAGACAUCAUCACUUAGAUAUUGAGACCAAAUACUAUAGUUUAGAAUUUUAUACGAAAAGGUUAAAGGCGUCAUUUCAUAUUAAUAACACCAAAAGGCAUUAAUUUCCGAUCCUGACCUCAUUGAUAACACCCAAUUCACGAAAUUCCUUCUUGCUCGUCAAUUUCCCCCCAAUUAACAAAACCCUCAAAUCCGCAAUCCUCAUCCACAAUUCUCCGAUCCAGCGAUGAAGCGCCCCCUCGCCGACGAAGAAUCCGACUCCACCGCUGCCGGCGGCGGAGAAUCCGCUGCCACCGGUGACAAAGACGCGAACAAGAAGAUCAAACAAUCCAGCGAAGAAGACGAAGUAGGAGAGAUGUCGAAGGAGGCGGAGGCGGUGCUGCUGGACGAGAAUCUUCUAUACGAGGUGCUCCGCCGCGUCGACGACGGCCCCACCCUGGCCAAGGCGGCCUCUGUCAGCCGGCAGUGGCGGCGGACGGCUCACGACGAGCGGAUCUGGGAGCUGAUCUGCACGAGGCAUUACCACCGCAGCCCGACGCAGCUACGCGCCGUCGUCUCGGCGCUCGGUGGAUUCCGCCGCCUCUACUCGAGCCAUCUCUGGCCGCUGCUGAAGCCGGCUUCCUCUUCUUCGUCUUCAGCGCCGCUUGCUGCUGCUGCUGCUGCUGCUGCUUCCCCGUGGCCUUGCCUUCCUCUAGCUCCGGCGCCGCCGCCUGGGGCGGCGAGGUUGAAGGCGCGGUGGGGGAAGGAUGAAGUGAAUCUCUCGCUUUCCUUGCUCUCGAUUAAGUACUUCGAGAAGAUGAGUUUCAAUCACCGAAGCAAAUGAGAAAUUGGUGAUUUGAAUUCAUUCCGAUUGAUCUCGGUGAUUGAUUAUCUGAAGUUAAUUUCUGUGCCCUUUUCUUUUUUCCUAUUUUUCUUUAAUUAUUUAAUGAUGUUUUAACCGACGCAUAACUGCUUGUAAUAUUUGUGGUUUGGUGUAUUAUUAUGAAUCUACCACUGUAAUGAUUGAUCCUCGUUUCUAAUUAAGUUAAUUAUAUUUACCGUGCUGAA